AACGUGCGUUUGGAGCAGCGACCACGUCCUCGCCGUUUCAGUCCGAUGCGGAUGCAGUGCAGCCAGUUGUGAGUCCCCCCAGUUCCCAAAAUGAAGUUCGCCGAGCAUUUGACGGCCCACAUAACGCCCGAGUGGCGAAAGCAGUACAUUAACUAUGAGGAAAUGAAAGCCAUGCUUUAUGCAGCCAUCGAACAGUCGCCAUCCGCAGAGCUAGUGGAGCGGGAGAUGGUGACACGUUACUUUGCUAAGUUCGAUGAGGAAUUCUUUCACUACUGCGACAAGGAGCUGGCCAAGAUCAACACAUUCUAUUCGGAAAAGAUGGCCGAGGCCACCCGAAAGUAUGGCAGUCUGCGCAGCGAACUGACCGAGGCUCUGGAGAUGGGGCAUCCUAAGAAGCUGCCGGCCUGGAAGAGGCGAACGCCGCUGGGCAAGAAGAAUGUACCGGCGCGCAAGAUACAGGAUCUCAAGUUGGCAUUUAGCGAAUUCUAUCUGGGGCUUAUACUGCUCCAGAACUAUCAGAAUCUCAACUUCACGGGUUUCCGCAAGAUACUUAAGAAGCACGACAAGCUGCUGAGCGUGGAUUAUGGCGCCCGUUGGCGCACGGAUCACGUGGAGGCGGCACAUUUUUACACGAACAAGGACAUCGAUCGAUUGAUCCAGGAAACGGAGCAGGCUGUCACCCAGGACAUUGAAGGUGGUGACCGACAGAGGGCAAUGAAGCGUCUGCGAGUGCCACCGCUGGGCGAACAGCAGAGUCCAUGGACCACCUUCAAGGUGGGUCUCUUCUCUGGCGCCUUCGUGGUGCUCUUCAUCACGGUUGUGAUUGCAGCCAUGUUCUAUGGCUUCGGUGAGAAUUGGCGGGCUGGCAUGAGGAUGUUCCGGGCCCCAUUCCUAAUAAUCGAAUGCCUUUUCCUCUGGGGCGUCAAUGUCUAUGGAUGGCGUUCGUCUGGUGUGAAUCAUGUCCUUAUCUUCGAGUUGGAUCCCCGGAAUCAUCUGUCCGAGCAGAAUAUAAUGGAGGUGGCCUCAGUGUUUGGCGUUAUCUGGGCCUGCUGUGUGCUCAGUUACAUUUUCUGCGAUCCCCUGGGAAUCCCACAAUAUGCAGCUCCACUGUGCCUCUACACCUUGAUGGCCGCCUUCCUGCUGAAUCCCACAAAGACGUUCCACCACGAGGCACGGUAUUGGGCUCUGAGGGUACUCAUCCGAGUGAUCAUGGCUCCAUUUUGUUUUGUGAACUUUGCGGAUUUCUGGCUGGCGGAUCAACUGAACAGCAUGGUGCCAGCCUUUCUGGAUAUUCCCUUUCUGAUUUUUUUUGGAAGGAGUCCCACAUGGCACAAGGCGGGAAAAGCUGCCAGCCAUUGUGUGGAAUAUGUAUCACUGCUGCACCCCAUUGUUGCCAUUCUACCCGCCUACUUCCGGUUCGCACAGUGCAUUCGGAGAUAUCGGGACACAAAGGAGUCCUUUCCCCACCUGGUCAAUGCGGCGAAGUAUGCAACAUCAUUUUUUGUGGUGAUAUUUGCACACAAAUAUCACACGACAACGGACACCUAUCCCUUGUCCAAGGAAAAUCCCUGGUUCUAUUGCUGGAUUACGGCGGCAAUAUUCUCAUCCUGUUACGCCUACACAUGGGACAUUAAGAUGGACUGGGGACUCUUCGACUCGAAGGCCGGCGACAAUCGAUUCUUGCGUGAGGAAAUCGUUUAUUCAUCGACGUGGUUCUACUACUUUGGCAUAAUUGAGGAUUUAAUAUUGCGCUUCAGCUGGACGCUGUCCAUGAGUCUCAUCGAAGCAGGCUACAUCGAAGGAGACGUAAUGAUGACCAUACUCAGUCCCCUGGAGGUUUUCCGUCGCUUUAUUUGGAAUUAUUUUCGGCUGGAGAACGAGCAUUUAAACAAUGUGGGCAAAUUCAGAGCAGUAAGGGAUAUAUCGGUGGCUCCAAUGGAUUGUUCAGAUCAGACCACAAUUCUGCGCAUGAUGGACGAAGCGGAUGGCGUGAUGAAUCGAAGGCGUGGAAAAGCCGCUGGCGGCAAAUCCGCAACCAAGAAAAACAAACACGAGCAGCGCCUGCUCCUUCAAGGAGAGUCAAUCGAGGACCUGUGCUCCUAGUUUCCAACUGGAAGUGUGUGCGAUAACCCAAUAAACAUCUCUCUAUUUCUCUGUGUGUGCACAAAUUUUUAAGUUAAUGCCAAUAAUAAAGCACUGC